GUGGCCCGACAACUGCCUUUGCUUCCACUAAAGGGGGACGGCUCACUGCAGCCGGCAGCCAGCAAGUUGGUCCUGCCGCCCGUGAAGCCGGAGGUGGAAGGCUUUCCGCCGGAGCUGCUGGCGGAGCUGCGCGCCGUGGAUCCCAGGCUGUUGGCUGAAGGCGGAGCGGAAACGGCGGAUACUGAUGAAGGAACCUUGGAUGCCCUAGCCGCUGCUCGAAUCAGGAAGUUGCUACGCAGAUUGGGAGUAGUCCCACUGACGCCUCGACUGGUCGUGAAGGACAUCAUCGGGCCUCUCUUUUCGACUUGUGCCGUUGUUCCAUGCCUCGUUUCGGUUGAUGAGGCGCCUCGACCUCCCUCGGCGUUGCUGGCUCUGGGCGGUUUCCUGGCGCAGAACGCAGCAUUGGCGGAAGAACUGGGCCCAAGCGCCAUCGGUUGGCCACUGAAAGCGCUGGACAAGGUGGCUGUGGGACGGCGCUUCUCCGCCCCGGCACUGCACUCGCCCCGUGCAGCUGCUUUCCUGGAGGCAGCAAAAGGAGUUCUCGACAUUCACCUGCCGGCGGCUCCUGCGAAGCUUGGAACGACGACAGCCUUGGGUGAGGCCUUGGAGACCUUGGGCUUGGCUUUGCCAGGUCCCUUGGUCACCGCAGCAGAUGGGGACUUCCGGAGUCCUGAGUUCGAGCAGCUGACUGUGGCCAUCACAAAGGAAGCUCGUGAAACAGGCCAGGGCGUGGAUGCAGCGAAGGUGUUGAUUUGCCUUGCCAUUGGGACAGGGAUGAAUCCUCCCUGCAUGAGGGCCUCGUACCACUUCGUCGGUAGCGAUGAUGCCGAGGAUAUGGUGAAGCUCCCGGGCCUACUGCCACGCCUCCCAUUGCGUGAUGACACCAGUGAUUGUACGAUGGCCCUUGUGUUUCCUCGAGAAGUGGAUCAAGAGAAGAUCGUGGAAGAACCCUAUAUGAUGCUGAAGAGAAUCUUCAUUGCGACCGGCAACGAGCACAGCACGGACAAGUUUCUGGAGCUGACUCAAAGGCUCAAUGACGAGGCUCUCCCUCUGGCAGAGUACCAAACACACGUCAGACGCUUCCUGAUAGAAAUUGUCGCAGAGUCCGGCCUGAUCAUGUCAAGCUUUCCCAGCGUGGACGAAGAUGAGGAUUUCCUGAAGAUUUAUCUGCCACUCGAUGGCCCGGUGAUUCAGCACAUGGCGGAGCAUCUAGAGUACACCAUGCCCUACAAAGAGAGUGUGUAUCAGCAGGUCAAAGAGCAUGGUCCCUAUCCCGGUAAGGAGCCCAUGCGAGACAUCCAGCUUCGACCCUUGGUGGCUUGGGACAAGUUCACGGUGGAGGACGCUGGCCGGUUCGAAGACUUUUGCAUGAGGGACUCCAUUCGGAUCUUAGAGUUCUGGCUGGACCAGUGGGUUAGCCUGGAUGAGAUGGAAAGACAAGGUAUCAUCAAAUGCUACUUUCCUUGCCCAGAAGCUGACGCACUGGAAAAUUUGCACAGCCACUUUCUGAACCUGUGCAAGUGGGUGCAUUUCCAGGGAAAGCAGGCAGACGAGCUUCGCAAGUACUUCGGCGAAGAGAUUGGCUUCUACUUCCGCUUUCUGGGAUACGUAUGUCAUGCGAUGUCAUUUCUUGGCAUCGUGGGCUUUGUGAUCUACGCGUCCCGCCACCCAGCCUGGCAUUCGGACAGCUACAUUCCGCAGCGGUCCAUGGGAUAUCUCCGCAGCGGACUGGCUCUCGUCUACUCCGUGUGGGCUGCUAUCUUGUUGAUCUUCUGGACCAUUACUACUGCAAGGAUCUGCGUCCGAUGGGGGGUGAACGACAUAGAAGACUACGAGCAGAUCAAUCCCGACUGGAAUCCGGUCCCACCAAGUGCAUUCCGCCCGCUCAUCGUGAAUGUCCUGACGGGCGCAUACUUGGCAGCCUACGUCGGGGCCAUCUCGGCCGUCCUGAACUGGCAGUUUUCACUGCAGGAUGAUGAGGAUCCCGGCCUGGGUGCUUACGCCCCUUUGGUUCUGACCGUGUUAAUCAAGUUCGGAAGUCUGUCAUGGACCUGGAUAGCUCCAGCCAUUGUCCGUCUCGAGAACCACCGACGUGAGGAUGACAAAGCCGUAAAGCUUUCCGUGAUUCUUGCUGUCGUGAAGAUUUUUGUGGCCCUGUUCCCGUUCAUUUCCUCCUGUUUUCUGGCGACCCUCUAUCAGUCCACCUGUGGCGACACCUUCGAGGAGGCCGCAGCUGCAACCUUCCCAAACUACGCCAGCGUCGCUCCGCUCUCAGCAGAGACCAUGGAGGCGCUGAAGCCCUACAGCUUCGAGAAGGACGGCCGCUUCUGCUUUCAUGGCUGCCACCCCGCAAGUGCCGCGGCGACGGAGGUGUGGGCUGAGACGACCUGUGACAGGAGUGUGUCCGCAAAUCUGAAGACGUACUUCUUUUUCACCGUUGCUCUAGACUUGGUGUUCCUCAUCAUUCCGAUCGUCAUAUCUGCCAAUGAGAUUCGGCAAGAACGCCGCAAGCAAGAGAGAGCCGGCAAGGAUUUCGAAUACUCACUGCUGCAGUGGGAAGCCAAAAAGUUCAAGUACGAGUGGAACUCCUGGGGUGGGGACAAGAUUAACGACAAUCUGGACCUUACGAUCUCCUAUGCCGUGGUUGUUUGCUUCGGGAUCAUCUCGCCGAUCAUGGCCACUGUUUGUCUGCUGUCUCUGUUGAUCUCUCUCCGCUUGCGCUGCUACAGGAUGAUCUAUGCUACCCGCAGGCCCCUGCCGCGGGCCAGUACUGGCUUGGGUGUUUGGGAGUACAUCUAUACUGGGAUCAACAUGGUGGCCGUGGUGAUCAACGUGGGGCUGGCGGCCGUGUUUUUCUAUCCCAUGCGUGUGAAGCAAGCCAGUGAAAAGUUCAUGAUCUUCGUCAUCGGCGAACACGUGGUGUUGCUUGUCCAGUUUAUCUUCAGACUCAUUGUGCCUGCCAAGCCGGCAGAUAUUUCUCACAUCGAGGCCUACAACAUGCAUGUCAAGAAGGUGCUGCGGACCGAGCGGUCUUGCAUGAAGCGUUUCGAAGGCUUAAGAACACCCGCAAACAUCAAUUUGGAUGUCAUUCCGGACGGCGUACAAAGUGAUGCCGAUUCCAGUGACACUGCCAAUGAGGGCUGCUGUUAA